GAUUUUGUCUUCUCAGCUCUCGACUCUCGAACAAGAACAAAUUAGCAAAGAAAAUGGGUUCGCUUCCGUACGCUGACGUGGAGAACAGUCUGAGAGCAUUGGCGGGUCGGGCCGAGGGUUUUGGCAGAUUCGCCAUUGGCGGGCUCCACGGCCCGCUCUACUUCGUCACCAGUUUAUCUGUUAAGAAUUUGAUUAUGAGAUUUUAUGUGUCUGUUAUAGAUGAUGGUCCAGGAUCGCUUCGUGAGGGAUGCCGGAGAAAAGAACCAUUGUGGAUUGUUUUUGAAGUUUCGGGUACAAUUCAUCUUUUGUCGUACUUGAAUGUAUCGUCUUAUAAGACGAUUGAUGGGCGGGGCCAAAGGGUUAAGCUUUCAGGGAAAGGGUUGAGAUUGAAGGAAUGUGAACAUAUAAUUGUAUGUAAUCUUGAGUUUGAAGGUGGUAGAGGACAUGAUGUUGAUGGCAUUCAAAUAAAGCCGAAAUCUAGACACAUAUGGAUAGAUCGAUGUAGCCUUAGUGAUUUUGAUGAUGGGCUCAUAGAUAUCACGAGACAAAGCACAGACAUUACAGUUUCUAGAUGUUAUUUUACUCGUCAUGAUAAGACAAUGCUUAUUGGAGCAGACCCCUCUCAUGUUGAAGAUAGAUGCAUUCGAGUGACCAUUCACCAUUGUUUUUUUGAUGGGACAAGGCAAAGACAUCCUCGCCUUAGAUUUGGGAAGGUUCAUCUGUACAAUAAUUACACCAGAAAUUGGGGCAUUUAUGCAGUUUGUGCAAGUGUAGAGUCCCAGAUAUACUCCCAGUGCAACAUAUAUGAAGCAGGAAAGAAGAAAAAGACCUUUGAAUACUAUACAGAGAAGGCAGCAGACAAGCCGGAAGCAAAGUCUGGUGUAAUAAGAUCUGAAGGAGACUUGUUUCUGAAUGGAGCACUAGCUUGCUUAUUGACCGGAGUGGGGGAUGAACAUGUGUUCCACCCAAGUGAAUAUUAUCCGAUGUGGACAAUGGAAGCACCCUCAGAUUCUUUAAAGGAAGUCCUCAAAAUUUGUACGGGUUGGCAAUCCAUUGCUCGACCAGCAGACCUGAUGGUAGCUACAUAGCUUUUCAAUGUCUUCUUUGUGCAUGCAUCUUGAAUGUAUGGUGCCAUUUACGAGCAUACCUUCUUGUUUUAAUUUUCCUUUGGGAAUUUUCUUUUCAUUCGAUUAUGGAAAGUUUUAAUCACAAAAAUCCAUUAUCCAGAAUAUAAUCAAUUUAGUGUAUGUAACUAUGUAUUAAAUAUUGUUUCAAAACUGGUCAGUUUACUUGAGACUAUUGGCAUACUUUGGGGUUGACUCCUUUGAUGGGUGUAUUAACAAAUUUGU